AUGUACCCUAACGGGGUGAUCGAGGAAACUGCCGGACAAGCCAUUUUGCCCCUUACGUUUUUAGGUUUAAGAAAAUUUUUCCCGAUUCGUUUCGCACCAACUUUUGAUUGCAAAGUUUUAUUUGGUCACGAUUUUGCAGAACUGUUUGAUUGUGACGUUAGAUUUAAGCCAAUUAUUUGGAGAAUAGGCAACCCUAUUCGGCUAACCUCUCAGGGACAAGAAGUCGGUUUAGAAGCAAUCUUGCCGUCUGAAUUAUCAGAUAAUCGUGCUCAAAAUGUUAAUGUUUCUUUCUCGUAUGCACUCGAGCAAGUAUGUGCUGGAUUAAAGGAAUUAAAGCCUUCCGAGGCUAACUAUUUGGAAGAUUUUCUCAAAAGAAAAAUUCCUCCUGUGCCAACUAAGCUUCCUGCUACCCACACGGUGGAGCACCAUAUAGACAUUCAGAGAAGUCCUCCCAUCAGACAAGCUUAUCGGCGACUUUCUUCCAAGAUUGAAGAAUCAUUGAGAGAGUCCGCCCAAAAGUUUAAAGCAGAGGGAAUUAUAAGUCCCAGUAAAAGCGAAUGGUGUAACCCAAUAGUGAUGAUUAGAAAGCCUGACGGAGAUUAUAGGCUCUGUAUCGACUUUAGGAAAUUAAAUGAGGUAGCCCAGAAAGACGUGUACCCAAUGAGAAAUAUUAGCACCAUUUUGAACAAGCUUUGA